GCAACGUUGACGUUCCUGUUGCAGCCGCCGCUCAGCUCGUGGACAAGCUCCGCUCUGAGACUGGCUUCCACGCCCAGCAGAUGGGCGGCGAGGAGGUCUCCAUGGCCACCGUCACCGAGAUGGGCUUCCCCGUCAACCUGCGCAUCCAGGCCCCCUGGCUGCUGCGCGCCCAGGGCAGCGCCCAGGUCCACCGCAACUUCUCUGCCCAGGCCAACGUCACCUGCCUGUACUCCGCCGGCCUGAGUGCCCAGCUCUCCGUGCAGCCCUCCUGGGCCAGCCGCGAGUACGUGGCCGCCGUUAACGGACACGCCAUGGUCCAGAUCCCCGCCACCGCCGUCCACGCCGAGAUGAGCGGCCCCUCUGGUCGCUUCUCUGUGCGCGUGCAGCCCUCCCAGCCCCAGCAGGCCUCCGUGGUGGCCCGCGUCGCCCUGCAGCCCCUGACCGCCUCCGUGGAGGUGAGCCGCGGCGAACUGGCCAGCGAGAGCGCCACCGCCCACAACGCCAGCAUGGGUGCCGGCCAGGGUGACUCCGUGCUCAUGUCCCUCUGGGACAACGUCUCCCUCAACCUGCGCGCUCCCGUCGAGCGCAACGCCCUGCCCGCCUGGAUCCGUGACUCCCGCACCGUCCUGGGCUUCCCCGCCCUGGGCCGCCCUCUGUCCGCCUCCCGCCUCGAGGUGGUCGCCUCCCGCGCCCACAGCUUUAACGUCAGUGUCGCCCUCGUGAAGGGCAUGCUGCAGAGCGGUGACUUCCAGGUCGUCUACCCUGACGACAUGCGCCAGGACAACGACGAGCACGCCAGCCCCGCCGGCCCCACUAGCACUACCACCGAGACCCCCGUCAGAAGCAGCACCACCGAGAUGCCCACCACCACCGAGGCCGCCACCACCACCGUCACCCCCGCCGUGGUGCGCUCCCCCCGCUGGGCCGACCACAGCCGCCGCUUCCACGGCAACGGCUCCAUGUUCGUGGACAACGGCGACAUGGACUUCACCCGCAGCGUGUUCAACGCCACCACCCUCAACCCCUACACCAACCGCAUCAACGGCAGCAGCGAGCUCUACGUCCUCUCCCAGGUGCUCGCCGGUAUGUCUGCCGGUCGUGGUUACGUCGUCGGCGUCAACGUCACCUCCGAGGACAUCUCCGGCGGCAGCCAGGCCCCAGCCCACUACUCUGGUUUCUGGACCGUCGGCGCCAACCUGGGAGGACGCCUGAUGCGCGCCGGUCUCUUCGCCCGCAGCGACGCCGACAACGCCCAGGUGGCCGCCACCGCCGCCGUCCUCAGGGACGUCGCCGCCCGCUCCAGCAUUGACGCCGCCCUCCACCAGCAGCCCGCCCUCAUGAUCAAGGCCGAGUACCAGCAGGUCGACGCCAAGGCCGUGAGGAAGAUCGUCACUGCCGCGAUGGAGACCGACCACUCCGCCGCCAAGACUCAGCGCCUGUGGCGCGCUGCCAAGGAGCAGUUCUGCGUGAAGCCCGACCACGCCAUGCAGUCCGGCAGCAUGCAGAACGCCAGCGUCAGCCCCGCCUGCAGAUCCAUCCUGGGAUCCGCUAACAUCCCCGACCAGUUCAACCUCACCAUCAACUACAACAACCCCGCCGAGGAGGCCUGGGGCAGCAGCGUGCAUCUCGCCCUCGAGGCCGCCAAGGCCUACCUGUGGAACCAGGGUAACAUCGCCGUCGACACCAUUGCUCCCGGCAAUGGCAACGAGCUCGGCGCCGGCAUCACCGUGCAGGCUGGUGGCAAGCUGGACGGCUGGCUGCAGACCCCCCGCACUCUCACCAAGGUCGCUAGCGCCAGCGCCCCCGUGGCCAGCACCCUACUCGCCGCCGCCAACCAGGAGACCCGAGCCUUCUGUGGCGCCACCUCCUCCCAGCUGGUCACCCUGGACGGUGUUCAGGGCAGCAUUAAGAUGGGCGCCUGCUGGCACGUGCUCGCUAAGGACUGCUCCGGCAAGUCUCGCGUCGCCGUCCUGGCCCGUUCCGACAAGGCCCAGCCCGACGACAUCCACGUUGAGAUCAACAUUGACAACUACCAGAUCGCCCGCCUCAGCCCCGACGGCGCCGCCACCCUGAACGGUGUCGCUGUGGCCGACCACUCCAACCAGACCGGUUCCGCUGUCCAGGUCCGUGAUGCUGCCGAUGUCCAGGUCAUGACCAUCGUCCGCUCUGAGGACGGCGCCCUGAUCAUCAAGCUCCCCGAUCACGACAUGAGCGUUGUGUACGGAAACAGCAGCGUCGUCAUCCAGGCUGGUUCUUCCCUCCACGGCCGCCUCUGCGGUGUGUGUGGCAAGUUCGACGGCUCCUUCUCCGGCGAGAUGCUCAACCCCAAGAAUAAGGCUGAGAAGAGCAUUCAGGCCCUCGUGGACUCUUAUGCCAUCAAGGAUGCCCAGUGCGGUGCCAACGGCAAGAGCCGCCAGUAAAAAACGCAAACAGCAAUGCUAUUGUAAUGUGUGCUGUUUAAGUAAUGCAUCAAUGUAAUAAAUAACCCUGUCAAGUACAUUGGAAAAGAAA